AUGGGUUGGGACGACACUCUUGGCGCCGUCGCCAGCAUUGGCAGUCUCUUACAGAUGACGUGCGAGAUCACAAAACUGAGUUACAGCUAUCUUUCUAGCGUGAGAAACGCGGAUCGUACUCGGAGGGAGUAUCUAAGAGAGGUUAACGCUCUUGUUGUGGUGCUUCUACAUCUCAAGCAAGCCCUUGGUGCAGAGAAUGCUACCAUUCUUUCUGGCGACGGUUCCGAGGCUCAAUUGCGAGGUUUAGUGUCGACUUGCGAGAAUGAGUUGAGGACUAUUCAAGCAACACUGGGAGUGGCGGCACUGGGUGUUUCAAGACUACUUUGGCCAGUCAAGGAGAAUGACCUGAGAGCACAGAUCGACACCUUCCAGCGAAAUCGAGCCAUGUUCGAUAGUUUCGCCUCAUCCAGCAUUCUCGCCACCACCAAAGCGACUUUGAAGAAGGUCGAUCCCUUGGCGCUGUCGCACGAGCGCAGUCAGCUUUUAGCAGCUCUUCCUAAGCCUACCAUCUCGAAGAGAACAGAAACUUGUCCUGGAACCGGCCGAUGA